AUGUCUUCUGUGAUCAAGAGCCCAAUCUGGCUACCAAUCUUUACUACGGAAUUUCUUGUGAUAGUGAUAAUCAACGUGCUCACCCUGAUGGCCUUUGCUAGAAACCACCGUCUACGCAAUCGCAGCACAUAUCUAGUGAUGAACCUGACCGUGGCCGAUCUAUUGGUGGGUUGUCUUACUGGCCCUGCGUUCUUGCUCAACACGACUGAAGAAAGUGUUAUAUGGCGAAAGUACAUCACAUUUGCUGCCUUAGUCACAUUUCCGUUUGCUGCCCAAUCUAAUCUUUCGCUCAUUUGCCUGGAGCGCCUUCACGCAACAGUUUUUCCUUUCAGGCAUUGCUUACUUGGAAGAUGGUUUUAUUGUAGAAUCAUAACAGGCAGCUGGAUUAUUUCCUCAGUGAUGGGCUUUGUGGUAGCCUAUUUGUUUUUAGAAGGCUCUUAUGCCGCAGAGUUCUCCUACUUAUUGGCUUCAUUCACGCUGUUCAAUACUCUUGUCCUUACAGUAUCAUACAGCAUUGUUACGAUCAGUGUCCAAAAGAGCCCUCAAUCCCAGCAUCGUGGAACAUCAGCCAAAGAAAAAAAACUAACUGUGACAUUGUUCAUUGUCAUUGGAGUUUCUGUUCUCGCCAUGAUGCCUGUUACCCUUUACAAGUUUCUGCCAAUCAACAUACAAACAAAGCUAGCUUCAGAUCGUUACAAACACGUUGGCUAUGCAAUAGAUGUGAUAUAUUUCACCAGUUCCAUAGUAAAUCCUAUUGUAUACGCUAUAAGACUGAGGGAGUUCAGAAACACAAUACGUAAAAUUUUAGGAAAGCAAGGAGAAGCUGGUGUGGACUUUACAUCGCGCAGUGCGCAAUAAAGUGACUUUUAGUGGAAACACACUCGUGAACAUAAAGGAACAACAAUUCAAGGGCUAACUACUAUGGAAAAUUUCUGGAACAACGAUAAUGUAAGUUCGAAAUGGAAAAUGAACAGCUGUUCCGUCCUGGCUGUGUUCGCUCUUAUACGGCGUGUCAGCCUGAAAUAGAGUAGCCUGUAUCAACACAUAUUAUCCCAUGAAUGAAAAACGACUCUGUUUAGAUAGGAUUCUUUGCAUAUCUCAAGUAUAUAUCUAAGUAUUCUCGUGCAUGGUGGGUCUCGGAAAGCCACUUUACUCUAAAACAUUUUGGGUUUAUCAACUGAGUUGAUAAUGUAAAUUGGCCAAUGUAACUUACAUUAUAAAUUCAGGGGAUAAACCAAAUUAUCUAAUAAUACUUCCACCCCCCUCCCCUCCCCCCUCACACGCAGCACCAGAGUUUUUUAGACACUCACCCGCUAUUAGGUCGUUUUUAAGGCAUACAAACUGUAAUAAGUAGAAUAAGUUGAAUCCAAAAAAUAUGCUGUCGUUAAGAAGAAUGAUUUGCUUGUAAAUGUUCGUUAAGUCAGUAAACUGCAGUGUAAGCAAAUGCUUAACACAAUGACUCUCUUUUAUUUUGCUUGUCUUUGCAUACGAUAGAUGGAAUUUGCGAGGAACGACAAAAAACGUUCGCAUGCACCACUAAACUAUGCAAAAGAAGUCUUGAACCAUGUACAUAUUUGAAUUUGCUCGUCUGUACUAAAUUUAUGGCAAGACCGAACGUAUACAGGCGUUACUGAGAAUUACAAAUUGAAUCAAACAUAACAAUGAACGAAAAAAAAAAAGUUAUAAACCGUCAUGACUCAACAAAAUACAGCUGUAACAAGAAUAUCACUUCCCAGAAAUACCAAGCAUUUGUGAUGUUAUUUUAGGUUUUUUUAUCGAACCUUUAAUGUACAUUUUCUGUGAUAGGUGUCUAUGGGGCGCUAAAAACAUCAUUUCUUACCUUUUACGUUUGGAUAUCGCCGUUCUGUAUAUGUUUUUAAAAUCUUUUAAUGACUAUUGACUUACGGGAGAUAAAUUUGUUCCGCCACAUCACCACCUGUCAUGAAAGGAAAAUUUAUCGAAUGUGAUGAAUUUUAAUUUCAAAGGAUUGUUUAUUAAAUGAAUUGUCACGAGAAAACGUGCAUCAAAUUAUCAACAGUCAGGGCUUUUUCCUUCUGUAAGAGAGCUGGCAAUCGACAGUCCUCGGCGAGUAUACCAUACUUCGUCAAUGACAAUAAAUUGAAAAAAAGGAAAGUGACGGAAAGUAAAAGACUUUUUUAUAAGUAAAACUAUUAUUUAAUAAGACUUCAAAAGUAAUCAAGUUGUCGUGUGGCCUUAAAAAUGAACGAGAUAUGACGUUGCCGUUUGAGGCCGCUUUUCAUUUCUGAUGUAAUAAAACUUAAAAGACAAAGCGCUUCAUAUCAGUCAGAAGUCAAACUACAUGAACGUGAAACCUGAGACAUGAGGUUUAAUCCAGAUUCCGUUAAGGAUAAAACCCCUAAUUAAAUGCGCGGCAAAGGUGAGUAACAAGUAAUUUCUUUGACGUUGAAAGCCUUUCACUCGAAAUCUUAGUUAUGUGACCGAAGGCUCAAACGCUGUUCAUAACAAUUGUUAUUAUGCCGCGUUUGGGUGAAACGAAAAAUUCAGAAACACUGAGAUUACAUUUUACCCUAAAAAGUCUUAAAUCAAAGAGAGCCAAUCAUCCUCCUUGCUUGGGACAUAAAACCUCCUCCAUGGAAAAAAAGAGACAAUUCAGAUGAAGUAGCUAUCAGGAAUUAAUUUCAAAAAGAGCUUCCGAGGAUGGAUAAAGCAUAUUAAAUAUUAGGCUGGAACUCAAUCUCAGCAUUGAUCAAAAUCUUUUUAUAAUUUUUCUCCCUGUUUGUUGAAGCCACUGCUACAGGAGCGUUCACCAUGACAUUUGCAACAAGCAGCAAACGAUAAGCGGGCAAAAGUGGACAUUUUUUCGUCUGCUAUCGGCCGUUGAUGCACCAAGGGUAAUUAAUCAGUGUUGCACUGCGCAUCCUGUACUGCGUAUAGACACAUGUAGAAAGGGCGAAUAAGCGCGCACGCAUUCCGAGAGCGCGGUAUUACUUUUCAAUCAAUGGACCUGGUUAAGAGGUACAGUGGUCUUUUGCUCUUGAGCGAGCACGGUGACUGAUAUUUUUUAUUUCAUACUUUUGGCUUACAUGUAUCCCCCUUUAAACUGAAGGGGGAAAAAUAUACAUCUAAAAGCGUGUUCGAAGCCAGUUACUCGAGGAUGGAAAUUAUUACCUUGAAAGCGACGAUUCGAGGAACGUUUUGAGUCUAUGUCGUUUAAAAUUGCGUGAUUUUUUCUACAAAUUUUAUAUCAAAUUGUUUCAUAGGCUCGAGACUAUCCAACUAUGAAGUUUGUUUUCAAGUGUUAGUUUAAAAACCUUUGCUUGCAGCCGCUGAAAAAUGUAGUGUGCACCAAUGAAAUGACGUGCGUAACCUAUGCCAGUACAGGCACCAAUGGGGUAGGUUUCGCCCAUCAUAUCCUAAACAAGCUCUUAUGUUCGUCUUCCCGUUACCUCCACAAGUUAAUCUUUGUUUGAUUUCCAUGGAGCGGCUACACUAUUUGAUCAGGAUAUGGUUCUACUGUAGAAGCAUCAUGAGCAGUUUGUUGAUGACCUUUAUCGUGGCUUCUGCAAUGGUCUGUUCAGACUUCAGAAGAUGUACAUCCAGAAUUCUUGUGCGUACAAGGUAGACUGAUUGUGCUUUUUCUCAUAUCAUGGUUAUUUUAGGAAUCCAACAUAGCAUUCAUUCUCCUCCUUGUGGCUCAAUCCUCAAGGACAGAAAGCUUGCAGUAACAAUUUUCAUAGCUACUGGAGUUUCUGUUGUAACCAUUCUCCCAUUUGCCAUCUUCUUUUCUCUGCCAGUUGCCUCUUAAGAACAAUUAGCCAGUUUUUCAAUCAGGCUACACUUAACUACUCAAAUUCGUAUAAUAAGAUGGCCUAUGGGCCGCAGGAUACAUUUUACCUUAUCGUUUUACCUUCGUUACUACAGUCCAACCCCAAGAAGGUAGAGCACUUAUAUUGGAGAGAAGAGUUUCGGGAAAAAAUAAUAAUUUGCGAGUGCCUGUCAAAUUACUCCGCGGUAAAUGAUAUCCUUUGAGUACAUAUCAACCGACAAAAGUGUUUUAGUGGAUGACUGAAUUAUGAAAGGUAUAUAAAAAGAGAAGGGAAUGAAGAUGGCUUUUAGAGGAGUAGACAAUUAUGUCUACAGGGAUGGACAUCGCUAAUUGCUUGGUCAGGCAACAGUCAUAAUUUCCGAUCACCACAAAUUUCCAAUUUUCAUGAAUAUCAAAUCAAGCUACAACGGAAUUGUAUUAUUCGUGACUCUAAACUGAUUGAUGUUUGACGUUUUGGGCCGUUUUUAAUUACUGGUUUAAUUUAAGUCUAAAGUGAAACGAACUUGAUAUCGAUCAACUGUCAUCCUGCAUGAACAUAACAAAUAAGAAAGAAAGUUUUAUUCAGAUUCAAAUUAAGUCCAACAGAAUAGAACCCUAGUUGGAGACACCGAGGAAGGUUAGUUGGAAGUAAUUUUCAUAAGUUGAAAACGUCUCGACCGAAAGUGACGUGUUCUAAGCGUCAAAUUCUGUUCAUAGCAGCUGCAUCAAUAUUCUAGAAUAGGUUGCUUUCAGCGAAGCUUUCUAGAGAUUUAUUCUAAAUUCUGUGCAGGAUUAUGUUUCUCAGGAUGAAAACGUCACAGACAACAUGCAAAAAAAUCACUUUAUCAUACAAUCGGCCAUACAUAUGUAAAUUUGGUAGUUGCUGUCGUUUAAGCUGGUUGAGAAAUACUUCUCUUUCCAAGUCCAAAUAAGACAGUCUAGGUAAAAGAGCCGACCUAUCUUAUACUACCACUGGUCAUGAAUAAUUUCGUCUGCGGCGCAUUUUAGAAUUCUUGUUGUGGCCUUCCUACGAAUUUCUUAGUUCAACAGGAGUUGAAUAAAGCAUGAAAAUUGCGACAGCUCGCAAAAGAAGGAUAAAUUUCCGUUUGUUAUCAGACUUUCAGGCUCCAAAAAUGUUUGCGUUUCUUUAAUUAAGAAAGUCAGUCUCUUUUUAUAUUGGAUCGAUUUCACCAUUAUUAGGAAAGGCAAAAAAAUAACCCUUAUUUUUAUUCAUUGUUUUAACCCUGAUUAUAUUCCUAUACCCGCUGCGUAUAGGAGGCUAGGUCAUGACUCGUGAUCGCCCUUUAGGAACCAAGAAACUGGUGAGAGCGAAGCACCACUAACCUUCGACGUGGUGGCCAUUACCAUCGUGUUUUUAUGUCGCUAAGUCUUCGAACACUGGUCUAAGAGAACUUCAGCUGCCUGCUGCGAGGUUUGCUUGCGUGAAGCAUAAAGAACAUAUUUUUAAAAGGGAUUCAGAAAACAAACAUUUUUCUUUUACAAAAUUUUGUAGAAAUCAGUUAUUCGUUGCCAGUUAAAGGAAUCUUCGAGGGCGCUUGCGGCUUCUCAAUCGUUCGAUUUUUAACAAAGGUUGCAUGCCGUUGCAGACUUUACGAAGGUAAAAAGCCACUUCACCUCACGUCAUCAUGGGUUUUACAAGAUGCAAAUGUAUGAAAUGAAACUGUCUCCUCAAAAGUGCUUUGUUUGUCCUCUUCAUUAACAUUGUUAGUUCUAUAUUUUAAGUUCCCAUAGUUCCAGGAUAAAAGGCUUUAACUUUUGAAGGCGUUUCCAUAUAGCUCCUUUCAUUUGCAUGCGUGAACCUUUUGGUGGUUGCUAUAAAGUAUGAUUGACCAAUCUGCAUGAAACUCGACGUAAUAGCUGAGCAACGCGACCUGACGUUUCUACAGGUUUGUUGAUUUUCAGUGUGCCUGUGCGAGUCGAGAUCUGAGCCCCUUUAAUUCUACAGGAUAUCUUGAAAAUUAACUUGCAAGGAAGUAGGUUUAUAGGCACCCCCGCCUUGACAUGUAUCGUUGAAAUUUGCUUAACUAGACGACAUAAAACACUAACUGCCAAAGUACUGCUUGAAGAUGUUCCCGUUAACAAGGUUUGCAAUUCAAAUAGUCGUAGUCUUACAGUUUUCUUUUAUAUUUUUUUAUGCUAGCUUGAGAGAAAUCACAUAUGGCAGACUAAUAUAUAUUGGGCUCAGUCAUCCAAAGAGAUGAGCACGGAAGACCCUGUACACAGCAGUAAUGCCUGGAUUGUCUUAUUUAUCGCCGAGUCUAUCGUGAUCGUGAUAAGCAACGCCCUCACUCUUUUGGCAUUUGCUAAAAUCCACCAUCUACGCAAGCGCAGUACGUACCUAAUAAUAAACUUAGCUGUGGCAGAUUUGUUGGUGGGCGCCCUGACGGUGCCUAUUUCAGUACUGUAUUUUCAUAAAGAUGAAGAUCGAGUCGUCUACUUAGGAGUCCUUAAAACAACAAUUAUAUUCAUCUUCCCGCUAGCCUCGCAAGUGAAUCUUUGUUUGAUUUCCAUGGAGCGCCUACAUGCAACCCUUUUCCCAUUCAGACAUUGCUUGAUUGGAAAAUGGUUUUACUAUAGAGGUAUCAUGGGCAGUUGGUUGAUUAACUUCUUCUUGACAGCUAUUAUGGCUUGGUUGGACAUCGCAGACAUUCAUCCAGAGUUCUUGUACGUUCACGGCACAUUGAUUGCGCUUUUUGUGGUUUUUAUCGCGGUUUCUCACAUAGUAGUUGUCAUAAAGGUUCAAAGCAGCCGUCACUCUCCACCAUGUGGCUCAAUACUCAAAGAACGGAAGCUUACAGUUACACUUUUCAUAGCCACUGGAGUUUCUGUACUGACUAUUCUGCCUUUCGCCAUCAAUUCUGCCCUGCCAGUCGAAACACCAGAUAGAUUGACCAGCAUUUCGAUCCACAUUGACCUGGCAUUGGCGGCACUUUAUCAUUUGAAUUCAAUUGUUAAUCCUUUCGUGUAUGUAAUACGACUGCAGGAGUUUAGAGAUGAAAUCAGGAAGCUUAUCACGAGAUGA